UCUAUUUUACAUGAUUUCCAUCUGUUUCUUCAAUUCGAAUUAAGGAAAUCAAUUGAUUAAAAUCUACAUUAGCGGUCAGAAGGGGGAGAUACAAGAUCGAAUAUCCUGUAUAUAAUCUGAUCAGUUUCAUCACGUGUUUUGGUGAUGCGUCUUAACAUAAAAUAAAAAAAAGUUUUUCAAAAUGGAAUCUUCUAGUUACGAAUGGAACCUUUUUGAUAGGACUAUUCAAUAAUUAGAAAUUGCCAACAUGUCUGUAUCUGCUUCUAAGGCUAAGAGAGAACAAAAGCGUUUGGAAAGAGAGGCCAAGAAAGAAGCCUCUGGUAAAACCACCAAAAAGACCAAGAAGCAAGCUGCCAAAGAUGCUGAAGAAGAUGAAGUUGAUGAUGCUGAAGCUCAAAUUGCUAAAUUAAAAUUACAACAAGAUGAAUAUGGUCUUUCUGAUAGAGUCACCACUGGUGUUUUAGAAUCAUUGAAGACUUCCAGAGAUAUCAAGCUUUCUUCUGUUUCCUUAUUGUUCCAUGGGAAAGUUUUAUUACAAGAUUGUAUUUUUGAAUUAAAUUAUGGUCGUAGAUAUGGUUUAUUAGGAGAAAAUGGUUGUGGUAAAUCAACUUUCUUAAAAUCUCUUGCUGCUAGAGAAUAUCCAAUUCCAGAACAUAUUGAUAUUUAUUUAUUAAAUGAACCAGCUGAACCAACUUCAUUCUCUGCUUUAGAAUAUGUGGUUAGAGAAGCUGAACAUGAAAUGAAAAGAUUAGAAGAUUUAGUUGAAGAUAUCAUUAUUCAAGAAGGUCCUGAAUCUCCAUCUUUAGAACCAUUAUAUGAAAAAAUCGAUGAAAUGGAUCCAUCUACUUUUGAAGCUAGAGCUGCUGUUAUCUUAACCGGUUUAGGUUUUAAUCCAAUUACUAUUAAAAAACAAACUAAAGAUAUGUCAGGGGGUUGGAGAAUGAGAGUUGCUUUAGCUAAAGCAUUAUUCGUUAAACCAACAUUAUUAUUAUUAGAUGAUCCAACUGCCCAUUUGGAUUUAGCUGCCUGUGUUUGGUUAGAAGAAUAUUUAAAGAGAUUUGAUAGAAUUUUAAUCUUAGUUUCUCAUUCUCAAGAUUUCUUAAAUGGUGUUUGUUCAAAUAUGAUUGAUAUGAGACAAAAGCAAUUGAUGUUCUUUGGUGGUAAUUACGAUUCCUACGUUAAAACUAGAUCAGAAUUAGAAACCAAUCAAAUGAAACAAUAUGCUAAACAACAAGAAGAAAUUGUUCAUAUUAAAAAGUUCAUUGCAUCUGCCGGUACUUAUGCUAAUUUAGUCAAACAAGCUAAAUCAAGACAAAAGAUUUUAGAUAAAAUGGAAGCUGAUGGUUUAAUUCAACCAGUUAUACCUGAUAAAGUUUUCACUUUUAGAUUCCCUGAAGUUGAAAAAUUACCUCCUCCAGUUUUGGCUUUUGAUGAUAUGUCAUUCUCUUAUUCCGGUAAACCAGAAGAUAACUUAUAUGAACAUUUAGAUAUUGGUAUCGAUAUGGAUUCAAGAGUGGCCUUAGUUGGUCCAAAUGGGGUUGGUAAAUCUACUUUAUUAAAAUUAUUCCAAGGUCAAUUAGAACCUCAAACUGGUAGAGUUAUUAAACAUACUCAUAUUAAAUUAGGUGUUUAUUCACAACAUUCAGCUGAUCAAUUAGAUUUAACUAAAACUCCAUUAGAUUUCGUCCGUGAUAAAUUCUCCCAUAUUUCUCAAGAUUAUCAAUAUUGGAGAUCUCAAUUAGGUCGUUAUGGUUUAACUGGUGAAGGUCAAACUUCCCAAAUGGCCACUUUAUCAGAAGGUCAAAGAUCAAGAGUUGUUUUUGCAUUAUUAGCUAUUGAAGCUCCAAACUUGAUUUUAUUGGAUGAACCUACAAAUGGUUUAGAUUUAUCUACCAUUGAUUCUUUAGCUGAUGCCAUUAAUGACUUUAAUGGAGGUGUUGUUGUCGUCUCCCAUGAUUUCAGAUUAUUAGAUAAAGUUGCUAAAGACAUUUUCGUUAUUGAAGAUAAAACCGCUACCAGAUGGGAAGGUUCUAUCUUAGACUAUAAGAAGAAAUUAGCUGAUAAGGUUGUUAUUUAAGCAGUUUACAAUUGGGUAUUUAUAUAGUUAUAGUUA